AUGUAUUCCAAUAUAGUUAUGGCAAAAUCAAGAGUAAGUACUCUGAAAACCUUAUCUAUCCCUAGAUUAGAACUUCAAGGGGCAGUACUGGGAGCUCGUUCGGCUAGAACAAUAAGAGAAAAACACAGUAUUCCUAUAAGUCGUCAGUAUUUUUGGACGGAUUCCCGGACAGUAACCAGUUGGUUGAAAUCAGACCCUCUCAAACUUAAGCCAUUUGUGAGUCAUAGAGUUGAUGAAAUAUUGGAUAUAUCUGAAGAGAAUGAAUGGAAUUGGAUUUCAACAAAGGAGAAUGUAGCAGAUGAAGGAACCAGGGAUAGUAUAAAUUGUGAAUGGUCGGAAUUAAGUAGGUGGAACAUUGGUCCAUCCUUCCUCAGAUGCGAUGAAGACACGUGGUUCAGAGAAAACGAAAUAGAGAUAGACAAAGGAGAAAAUGAAGAAAUGGACGAAUUUUUCAGUGAAAUGAAAAAAGAAUACGUUGCUCUGAUAACGGAAGGAGACAAUUUAAUUGAGUCUAUUCCAAAAAUUGAAAGGUUUUCAUCUUAUCUUCGACUCAUAAGGUCAACUGCCUGGUUGUUGAUAGCUAUUCAAGUUUUCAGAGGUACCAUAAAAUCGUUCUUUGAGUUAUUACCAGAUGAAGUAGACAAAGCUGAAAAAUUAUGGUUUAAACUUGUACAGGAAGCAUGUUUCAGGGAAGAAAUUCAAAGUUUAAAGAAUAAGAAGCCUGUCGAUAAAACGAGUAGACUUUAUAAAUUAUCGCCAAUGUUGGAUAGUGAAGGAAUUGUAAGGAUAAACGGAAGAAUAGGAGAAUCAGAAGAUAUCUGUUAAGAAACAAAAUUUCCGAUCAUUCUCGAUAGAAAGCAUUAUUUUACACGUCUUUUGAUCCUUCAUUAUCAUAAAAGAACCAGUCAUCAGGGACAAGAGUUGGUUUUGAAUGAGUUACGACAGAAGUUUUGGAUUUUACAAGCUCGAGCUGCUGUCAGAAGUGCAUGGAACUCUUGCUAUAGGUGCAGGAAUUUCAGAGCGAAACUCAUAGUCCCAGAAAUGUCUCCACUCCCA